UUACUGUCGUAACACGCUAGUAGACCGUUACGCUCUCGAAUACGGUAAAUCAGAAUGAGAAAGCGCGAAGGCUUUUAUUUAUAUAUAGAAGAUCUCCGAAAAAAACGGCCGUUGCCUCCUCGCCAGUGUACCGCCCAUAGAAUGUCUAUGGGACCGCCGCGUUAUGCUAUUCUAUGCUAAGCUUGUAGGCUCUCAAUUUGAUAGAAAGGUUCCAGCCGCUGAUUGGACUGAGUUGCCUUGAAAGCAACUUUUGGCUGUGUAAAGUUACAAACAACGUUACCUUUUAAAACUCGUCUCGAGACACUUGCAUUCUGUUAUGUUAGUUUUCUAGCUUAUUUAUUUUUUUAACGCAAGAACUCGUUCUCUCUGAAUGGCCCUCUAUAAAUAGCAAUCUAGCUUGGAAAUACAUGACUGCAUGGGCACCACCUAUUCUGAAACGCAUUAAACGUAGAUUAAUCGAAAUAUUUGUACCUCUUGAGUUGCCGUAUGUGUGUUUCUCUUACACCAGCAGGGGCGUGAUAGUGAAAUGCAAACACUUGUUAUUGUGGUCUGUGUACAUUAAAUGACAAACAUUCACUUUUGUUUUGCCUAAAAUAUGUUUUGGAGAUCUGCUUCUCUGCCAGGAAACGCGUGAACUAUGCGUCACGCCAACCCAUGAGAAGAAGAGGAGAGGAGUCGGUGCACUACAGUUCGUCAGUUUGUUUCUGAAGCAUAAAUAUGUAUUUGUCCAUGGCGUGUUUUAGAAUUAAAGGGCACUGUAGGAUUUCACCAAAAAUAGCUGAAGAAUGGAAGAAAUGCAAAUUCAUUUAGUCAGACAAGAAACUGGCAAAUCACAUACUCACUCAGUCAAAGUAUUAGGAUCCAAAGUUGAUUUUUUUUGUUUUUUAAUUUUAAUUUUUUCUUUAUUAUGAUUUUGGUUAUCUUGACCUUUUAACCCCCUUAAUAUUCAAACCAUUAAUUCUCACUAGAUGACAAUUUUUAAUGUAAUGAUGCAGGUUGGAUUUAUAAGUGGAUCAUAGUCUGGGGUUGUGUGAGGUGGUUUGUAUGAGUGAAGUGGGGCAGAGCCCUUUGCCUGCAGUAGAAAGGCUGACAGGCAGACCCAGUGCAGAGAUCAGAGGACCACAGCCCAGACGUGUAGGUGAAGGUUUGGCAUCUAUGUAUGCUGAAAUGGGACCAUUGCUGCUUUGGCUUCAGGACGUGGCAGCUGUGACCCUGCUGAGGGCACGCAGGACGCUACUAAGGGCUGCCAUCCUUUUCUGUGUCCUGAUGCUUCUCCUCUGGGUCUCCAUGUUUCUUUAUGGAAGCUUCUACUAUUCCUACAUGCCCACCGUCAGCUUCUCCACACCAGUACACUUCUACUACAGAACAGACUGUGAUCCUUCUGAUUCAGUCCUCUGUUCUUUCCCCACGGCUAAUGUCUCACUCUUGAAGAAUGGCAAAGACCAGGUGAUGAUGUCUGAUCAGGCCUACAGGAUCUCUCUAGAACUGGAAAUGCCUGAAUCUCCAGUUAAUGAACAGCUCGGUAUGUUCAUGGUGAAAAUUACCUGCUAUACCCGAGAUGGGACAGUCAUCUCCUCUGUGGCACGCUCAACAAUGCUGCACUACCGUUCUAAUCUGCUGCAGACCAUGAGCACACUGCUGUUCUCCCCCCUCCUGCUGACAGGUGUGUCUGAGCAGAAACAGCUCAUCGAGGUGGAGCUCUUUCCUGAUUUCAGAUCAGACCUUCCUGCCAUUGGUGCUGUGAUCGAGAUUCAGUCCCGCAGGGUCCAGAUUUAUUCUGUACAGCUCAGGAUCCAUGCCUACUUCACUGGUAUUAGAUAUCUCCUGUAUAAUUUCCCUGUGAUGUCAGCAAUUGUUGGAGUGGCCAGUAACUUCACCUUCCUCAGUGUGAUUGUGCUCUUCAGUUACCUGCAGUUCAUCUGGGGAGGGCUGUAUCCCCCAGACCAGGUCAGAGUGAGGGUUAUGAUGGGAGACUCAACACGUCUUCAGCGGAGGAGGGAAGAGGCACGUAAACGCAUGCACUCAUCCUCCAGCACUCCCAACAUGACAUAUGGAAGAGACACCAGUGGACCAGCAGACCCUUCACAACAACCCAAACAAACGGUUUUGCGUAACAAAGGUGAGCUGGACACACCUAGUGUUAUUGGUACAGAUGACCUGAUUGACCUGCAGGAGAAUGAAGCUGUUCAGGACUCCUCUACAGAUGACACUCCCAUUUUCCUUGAGUCCCCUCAUAUUGCAGAGGCUAGCUUGAAUGAGGAGGACCCAGAUCAUGAGCAGAGGGAAGCAGGAAUAGGGAAUGGGACCCAAGAAGGAGGGACAGCCCAGCCACAAUCCUCAGACACCAGCCUUAGACAAAGGCAGGGACCCAAGAUGGGGCUCUGACCAGUGUGGGCCAAGCUCUGAAUUCAACCACAUACUCGCAUGCAUUCUGUUACAGUACAGCCUUAUGUCACUUAUACAUCUAGCUAGCGCAUCCACUGGCUGAUGGGCACUAGCAAGAAAGUGCAGUUGAGACAUUCCUUCUGUAAUGCAAUGUAUUAUCAUAAGAAUUGUUUUGAUGCAUUUAGAAACAAGUUUACCUCAUGAAGCUGAUGUGAAGCUCCAUAAAGAGAAUUUCCUGCUCUGCUGCUUCCCUUAUAGGAAUACUUCCUAGUGGACGUGAAAGGCAACUUUUAGAGAUCUGUCAUGCCUAGAGUACAGCAGAAUGCAUACAUUUCAUCUUUGCAAAACAGCAUCAACCAUAUUGUCUCAAUCUAUUUAGAUGAAGUCACACAUAUGGGAUCUGCACAAAAGUUGAUGUUUUAAUGUAUCUUUACUGAGGUCUACAGUUGUGUCAUGAUAUCUGCAGUAUAGUGUAAAAAAAAAAAAAAACUAAAA